AUAGUGGGAUUUUCCUCUCUCUAUAUAAGCCCCAAUUAUUUUCCCAAUAGAAUGUUGAAACCACUGAAGUGGUGAUUGAAUUGAAAUCCAGGAGCAGUCAAGUAUUAGCACUGUUUAAAAUGGAGGUGAUUAUAAUUAAGAAGGGGGCAUGGUCUCCAGACGAAGACCAGAAAUUGAGAUCUUAUAUCAUGAGAUAUGGCAUCUGGAAUUGGAACCUCAUGCCCAAAUUUGCAGGGCUUUCAAGGACGGGCAAAAGUUGUAGACUACGAUGGAUGAAUUAUCUUCGCCCUGAGGUAAAGAGAGGACCCUUUACCAUAGAAGAAACGGAAACAGUCAUCAAAAUGUAUCAAGAAUUGGGAAACAGAUGGGCAGCUAUUGCAAGGAGAUUGCCAGGAAGAACAGACAAUGAAGUUAAAAACUUUUUCCACACACACUUAAAGAAGCAUCUUGGACUGAAAAUUGAUCAGAAUGCCUCAGUGAAGCUGUGUAAGGCCGUAAGACGCAAAAGAGUACUGGAAAAGACCAAGAAAAAUGACAAGAAAAACUUAGCUCAAGAAAAACCUGUAUUGUAUCUGGAUAUUUCUGGAACAUCCAGCAACAAGAGUAGUUUCACGAUAUCACCUAGUGGUUCUUCAUCCAGUAGCAGCAUUAUUACAUUCGAUCAAAAUCAAAUGACCGAUAUUCAUGUGGAUCAACCAAAUUCAAUCAUUGACGACAUGGAAACUACCGUUCUGAUCUUGGAAAGCAAUCCUGCAAUUAGUACUCACCAUGAUCAGUCCUUAGAUAGUUUGAGCAUUGAUUCAUUGUAUCAGUUUGACACGAGUUCAUUCUGGCUUCAUCUACUUAAUGAUGCCCAUCGUCUUAUUUUCUGAAAUAACACAAGAGAUUAAUUUUGACGUCCAA